GUUUCCGAGAUAUAUUCACUCAUAGCAGUAAGUUAUCGUCCUCACGGCGUCCUGGCCAACUUGCUGGAUGGCGCUCCAACCAAAUUGCCUGGAAUGAGCAACUCUACCCGUAUUGGGAAAAGAAUGAUGUCCGAUGGAAAAGCUGCUGGAAAGGAGGAAAGGUUGUAGCCCACCUGGGGAAUGAUGGGCCCACUCUGGUCAGAUCAAAUGUGACCUUCAGUCUGGUUCUGAAACUACCAAGCUGUCAAAAGGAAGAUGAUAGUGGUGAUAUCGUUUAUGAUUUAAAUUGUAAAAAUGUAUCAUCAUUCUUUCGGGGUCAAUAUGUGUACAACUGGACCUCCUGGAUUGCAGACUAUGAUUGGUUUAACUGCACCAAGUUUUUUAAAUGUGAUGUCUUCCCAGAUGGUCAAUUGCUUCCCAAACAAUUGGACAGAAAGCGUAGAAACUUUGUUUAUAUUUGGCACACACAAGGCCAAUAUUACCAAAGUACUGGGGGUACCAGUAUGACUCUUUCAAUCAAUACCACCAACAUGAUCCUUGGUGACCAUAUGAUGGAAGUGUCUGUCUAUCGAAGAGAUCAUCACAGACGUAAAUACAUUCCCAUUGCAACAGCAAGUGACCCAUACACUGUUACAGAUCGCCUUCCAAUUUAUGUGCAGAUUUCACAAAAAGACAAGCGUAGUACCACUGAUAAUGUUUACAUUAAGGAUUUAAAUGUCAUCUUUGAUGUUAAAAUCAAUGAUCCCAGCAAUUAUUUGAAAAAUGCUGCCAUCUCCUACAGUUGGAAGUUUGGUGAUGGGCCUGAAACAUUAUCCAAAAACCCAACAGUUAUUCACAACUAUACUAAGACAGGGCAUUUCAACCCCAAGUUGAUUGUCAAAGCAAUCAUCCCUGUUCCCUGCAAUUCUAUACCAACUACACCGAGUCCCUUCACUGAACCAACAACCAGAACUGAACAGACCCCCACAACUGAACCAACAACUGCAAUUAUGCCAACUACUACACCUAAACUGCCCACUACAACCAAAACAAUCACUACCACAACUCAACCAACCACAACAAAAUUUACAACCAUGACCGAACUGUCCACUACCCCUGAAACAACCACUAUAAUGAAAUUGACCACCACAACUGAACCAUCGUCUACACCUGAACUGACCACCACAAUUGAAUCAAGCACCACUGCUGAAUGGAGCUCUGCAACUACUUUGAGCCCUGCUACUAGUCCCACAAAUGGUUCCUCAACAACCAAUGGUACAAACAGUCCACUGCAGCUGGUGAAAAGAGAGGCUUCUUCUUUUGGCUGUAACCUCUACAGAUAUGGCUCCUUUGAAACAAAUGUUACAGUUGUGGAUGGAAUUGGUGCAGACAGCAUUGCGGGGAUGACCAACAUUCAAAUCUCUACAGACUUUCAACAGAACUCCGUGAUGGAUUUUGUGGUCACUUGUAAGGGCAGUAUACCUACUGAUGUCUGCACUAUGAUUGCGGAUCCUACCUGCAUGGUGCCGAAGAGCAUCAUUUGUGAUCCUGUGGUGGCUGCUGACACUUGCAACCUGACCUUUCGCAGAAGCUUCAAUGCAUCUGGUAUCUAUUGUGUGAACAUCACGUUGAAGGAUAGUACCAGUUUAGCUGUUGUUAGUACCCUUGUAUCCAUUGGAGAUUCCAGCAGGAUUGGUACAGGUAUGCAAGGUGUCUUAAUAUUUGGCACUUGCGUAUUGGUUCUUAUUAUUGGUGUGGCCAGUUUCCUUUACAAGCGUUACAAAGAAUAUACACAGAUUGGUCAACAAGUUAAGAGCAGAAGUAAACAACUGGUGGUGAACAGUAGCAAUGCUAGUGUGCACUUCAGUACACAGAAUACCACGCUCUUCUUUGUGAAUGAUGAGAAGAGCCCACUGUUGAAAAAAACUGCAUUAGUCUAGUCAUCGGCUGAUUUAGGAUGGAUGCUUCACAAUAAUCUGCUUUGUGUUUGGUUAUUCAUAUUGCUUAAGCAACAUUUGAAUAUAUUAACAUUGUGCUGCAUUACUAUCUCCUCCUUAAGAGUAGAUGCUUGAAAUCCAAUUGUCUGCCUGCUUCCACUGCCUAAAGGUAGACAACUAUCUGCAUUUACAAAUAUUUGAUCAAUGUUCAACUUUUUAUUUUGACUGUAUUUUUCUCUUAUUUUUCUCUUUAAGAAAUAGUAAAAUUUACUCCAUUCUGCCACAAAGUAAGAUUUUACUUAGUAACAUAGUUGGUAAAAUGACAGUUCUGUUUUAUUAGUUAUAAUUGUUAGAAAUGGAUUGCAAUUUUUAUCCACGAGUAUUAGCUCUACUCGAUAACAAAAAAUCUGUAGCCUCCCUUUGAUCUGGUAUUUUGUUGGUUCACAUGCUUGAUCAAUGGUGUUUUAUCAUGAAUGUU